GGAAGUGCAGGGUAUAAAGGCUGACUGUUAGCUCUCAGAGCCUCUGUAAAAGACGGAGACAGAUUUUGGGGAAGAUUAGAGAUCAUUUAGAAUUAGUAAGGGGACAGGUAAACGACAGACAUUCGGGUGCUGGAAGUGACAGAACAGAAGAAUAAAGCAGCGAAUAAAAGUACAGAAACUCCUGACCUGAGGAGCAAUCAAUAAAAGUGAAACUAAAGAGGCAGUAGAAACAUUACGCACAUAAAAAAGAGAAUCGUAAAGUCAGCGAGUGCGCAUCAGACACAGGAAAGAACAACCUAGAGAUAAAGAAGUAACAGUCGGGAUGACUAGAGGCAGGGGAAGCUGCAAGGUGACCGGAGAAAGGGGGGAAUCAAGUGCAGGCAGAGGAAGGACAAGCACAACACGCCCCCGAGAAAGCAAAGCUGGUAGGAGUCCGGUGACAGACAGGACCACUAGCAAUAAGCCCAGAGACGAUUCGGCAGGUUGUACUCUAGAAACAAGAAAUGCGUGUAGGGACGGGAGAAAGGUGUCAUCAUGUAAUGCAGAAUCAUCUAGUGAGGUACAGGAGACAAGAGGUGGUGCUGGCGGCAGGAGAAGUAAGGGGUCUGUACACAGCAAAUCACCCAACGAGGAACAAGUGACAAGAAGUAGUAAGAGUAAUGUGUCUAUAGACAAGGCGGAAUCCCACGAUGCAAGUGCUGGCAGCAGAAGAAGUAGUAAGAGUAAUGUGUCUAUAGACAAGGCGGAAUCCCACGAUGCAAGUGCUGGCAGCAGAAGAAGUAGUAAGAGUAAUGUGUCUAUAGACAAGGCGGAAUCACACGAUGUAAGUGCUGGCAGCAGAAGAAGUAGUAAGAGUAAUGUGUCUAUAGACAAGGCGGAAUCCCACGAUGCAAGUGCUGGCAGCAGAAGAAGUAGUAAGAGUAAUGUGUCUAUAGACAAGGCGGAAUCACACGAUAUAAGUGCUGGCAGCAGAAGAAGUAGUAAGAGUAAUGUGUCUAUAGACAAGGCGGAAUCACACGAUGUAAGUGCUGGCAGCAGAAGAAGUAGUAAGAGUAAUGUGUCUAUAGACAAGGCGGAAUCACACGAUAUAAGUGCUGGCAGCAGAAGAAGUAGUAAGAGUAAUGUGUCUAUAGACAAGGCGGAAUCACACGAUGCAAGUGCUGGCAGGGGGAAGAAAAGCACAGAUACAUCUGUGGAUAGUGAAGUAGCAGAUCCGGUGGUAAAACCUAAGGCUAGAUGCAUUAAAAGCAAGGCACCUACAGAGGACGUAGGAACGUUAGAACAAGGAGUUCCUAACGGACUAAAGGAUGGAGCAGAUAGGAGAAGCAGCAGCACGGCCUCACAGGUGACAGAGGGGCGCUCAGUUACAUCUAAGGCGCUGGAUAAAGCGGUCGAUGCGCUGAGGCUAAGAAGAAAAGACGUCUCAAAUGCGGCCGAGGAAGUGAACGAUAUUAUAGAAAAGUUACUAAAGUGCGAAGCUUUUCAAGAUGAUCAGUUUUUCUCGGAAAUUAAAAAAAUGAAUGCUGGUAGUUACUAUGAAAAAGUCAAGAUAUCAAAACCAAACGAGUUUGAUGUCAUGCUGAAGAUUAAAGUAGAAAGACUAAAUGCUUUAGAGUAUCACAGCAGUGGUGUCUUUUUUGUGCUGGAACCUAAAAGAUUAACAAAAAAGGAUCCUUUACGUAAAUACACUGUAGAUGGAAAGCUAUCAGCAAAGAAAAUGAUAUCAAGCUUAAGACAACUUAUUGAAAAGGAAAUCGCCAGAUCAGGAAAUGCAGGAAUUGUUGUUGCAAGUCAAGAAAAAGAUAGUCCUGCCAUAACUCUAAAGAUAACCAAAAAUGCCCCCAAUAUUAUAUGUGUGGAUCUGGUUCUUGCAUUAGAAGUCCAGCAAAAUUGGCCUAGAAAAGCAAAUGAAGGCAUGAAGAUUGACGAAUGGUUAGGGACCAAAGUUAAAAGGGGAUUUAAACUGACUCCUAACUAUUAUGUGCCAAAGCAAACCAACGAGGCAACAGAAGAAAAUGAAGAAACAUGGCGCAUUUCGUUUUCACACAUUGAAAAGAAUAUACUGACGAAUCAUGGAAGUUUAAAAACCUGUUGUGAAAAAGGAGGGGAAUCUUGCUGCAGGCAACUGACGGAUCAUUUAUACAACGCUAAUCACAUUCAAAGCUAAUCACAAUUGGAAGUGAAUGAAUAUCAGUGAUACAACACUAUUUUCACCAUCAGUUUAUGAACAAUUUUUUGAACAUUAUUGAUCAUAGUUUUAUUUUUAGGUGUACACCUCGUUUUUUGACACUUUUUUUGAAUACCUUUUUUCACAACAUUUUUUCGAUUUUUAACCUGCCAUUUCAAAUUUUCUUUUUUCCAUCCUUUUUUCACCCACACACCUUGUGAUUGUUAUUCGUUUAGGAUAUGGAUUAUAACACAAAAUUUGGAUUAUUAUACUCAAUCAGAAUCACAAAUUGGAUCGCAUUUUAUUAAUGUUUUAUAUAUAAUUUUUGGGACAUUAUAUAUAUAUAUUUUUUUUUGGGACAUCAUUUUUUGGAGACAUUAUUUUUGAACAUGUUUGUUAAUUACACACACCACUAUUAACAUUUGGAAGAAAAUUAGUUUUUUGGGAUUAUUUCUUUGGACAUUAUUUGAACACUGCAUAAUUUUAUCACUUUGUGAACACUAUUUACAAAUCUGGACUAGUACACAUGCAAUAGAUUAACAUCUUUGCUUUUUUAAUUGAUUAUCGCAAUUAUAACCUAAUUUGUACAACUAUCCAAUAACGCAAUACCACUGUUUAAGUAUAUCAACACUGCUCUACAGUAUUUUUAUAUGACUGUAUUUUUAUUGCAACUUUAUUGCUAGUAUUUUUAUUGUAAUUGUAUAAUUGUAUACAGGUAUACCCCGCUCAUACAGCGGGUUAGGGACCGGAGCCCCGCUGUAAAGUGAAAACCGCCUUAAAGUGAAACAAGACAGUUUUAGCUUUCUUUUCACUUGCCAGUGUGUUUAAAAACUUAAAAACAUGUUUUAACUAACUUAUAUUAGGUGUACAAUAGAGCUAAGUUUAGUUUAACACUCACACAGCACAGUAGUCAAUAAUUACUGUACCUGUAAAAUAGUGACAAUCACUGUAGUACAAUUUGCCAGAGUAUAGCACUGAGACACAGAUUGCACUGUAAUGAUGUAAACAGAGUGAACUAAGCAUAACAAAAUGGUGCCAGUCACUUUUCUUGCAAUCUCACGAAGAUUACAGCACUGUUUUAAAAUCCUUGGAGGUUGAACUUCAGCUCCACAAAGCGCUGUAUUAGCGAAGCGCUGUAAAGUGAGGUAUACCUGUACUUUUAUCGUGUUUUUCAUUGCAUUUUUUGUUUAUUAUAUUUAAUUUGAUUUUAAGAGGUUUAUUAAAAUAACAUUUUUAACCUUAUAA